GAAGUACUACUCGUGCAACUAUAUAAAGACAAGUGUUCAUCACACAGAAGUAGUACCCGAAAAUGAACCCUACACUCCAAGUCGCCGUAAUUUUGGCUUUGUCGUCCCUCAGUUGGGCCAAAGUCGACCACCUGUCUGACAAAUUCAUCGACGAAAUCAACGCCAAGCAGACCACUUGGGUCGCCGGACGCAACUUCCCUGAAGAUACCCCAGUGGAACAACUGAAACGUCUGGCUGGAACUUUCCGUCCACUAGGAAACAAAAAAGUACCAAUCAAAAUACACAAGGUGGUACCUGAGGACAUUCCAGAUACGUUCGAUGGUCGUACCUACUGGUCCCAAUGCGAGUCUUUGAAAAACAUUAGAGACCAAGGAGCUUGUGGUAGCUGUUGGGCCUUCGCUGCUAGUGAAGCCAUCACCGACAGAACCUGCAUCGCCUCCAAUGGUGCCAUCAAAUUCAAAGCCUCACCCGAAGAGCUCAUAAGCUGCUGCGAAGACUGCGCUUCGUCAGGGUGCAGUGGAGGCUACAUGGACCGGGCUUGGAACUACUGGGUCGAAAACGGACUCGUCUCUGGUGGAGACUACAACUCCAACGAAGGUUGCCAACCGUACCAAGCUGAAGCUUACCAAAAUGGUGUAACCCCCUCUUGCACCAACACGUGUCUUAACACCAACUACGGUACUUCGUACAGCGCGGAUAAGCACUAUGGGAAAUCUUGGUACCAACUUGCCAAUGACGUUGGGCAAAUUCAAACUGACAUUAUGCAAAAUGGGCCUGUGGAGGUCUAUCUGACUGUCUACAAUGACUUCUACAGCUACAAGUCAGGUGUUUACGUGCACACGUCUGGGGAUGAAGCUGGUGGCCAUGCUGUCAAGAUUAUCGGCUGGGGUACCGAAAAUGGUACUCCGUAUUGGCUGAUUGCCAACUCUUGGGGUAGUGGAUGGGCUGACUUGGACGGGUUUUUCAAAAUUUUGAGGGGCCAGAACCACUGCGAUAUUGAGUCGUGGGUGUAUGGAGGUUCGGCCUAGUACUUUAUUGUAAGAAAUUUAAGACCAUUAAAGUGUUAAA